AACAAGCCAGCAUCUUAUCAGUAUAUAUAGAGGCACGAUGGAGCUAUUACACUACAUCUGAUUUAGAUUUCUACGUGCACAAGACGGUGAAUAAAAUUACACUUUCAGACCAGCUGUAAUUGGAAUAUGUCAAUUAUGAAGGUUCUUGGUCUACUUUUGCUCCAUGUGGCAUUAGUGACUCCAGGAACACAGAUAUGCCAAAACCCUGAUGAGAACUCCUACUCAAUCAUCACAUGUGGAGCUCCCGGGAAGAACGGUCUACCAGGCAUAAAUGGGGCAAAUGGAGCAAAAGGGGAAAAGGGAGAACCAGGAACUCCUGGAUUACAAGGAAUUGCCGGACCACCUGGAGCAAAAGGGGAAAGAGGAGCCAAUGGGGAGCAAGGACCGCAAGGACUGAAAGGGGAAAGAGGAGACAGCAUGGGUCCAGCUAUCGAAAAUCUUAAAUUGCAAAUAACCGCUCUGGAUUCACGGAUGAGAGAUCUGCAAACGAAGCUUGAGAAUCAGGAAAAAGUAGUUGCAAAAGAGAUUUCUAGAAGCAGCAGAAAAAACUAUGUUUUGAAUAGUUUAGAAGUCACUUACAACGAGGCCAAAACCAUCUGUGGCAAUGGCGGAGGUCAGUUGGCUGUACCCCGGACCCCCGAAGAAAACGAAGCCAUUUUCUCCCUCCGCAAAAAGGUUCAAAUGCACACAUUCAUAGGUAUAAACGACAUGCUAAGGGAGGGUGAAUUUAGAGAUCCGUCUGGACAAGUCAUUAGAUACUUCAACUGGUCCCCAAACGAACCCAACAACCUUCAUAACAAUGAGAACUGCGUGGAAAUGUGGUAUGAUGGAAGGUGGAAUGAUGAGAAUUGCGCAAGCAAACGUUUUUUCAUUUGUGAGUUUUAAUUUAGUGCAAAUAAGUCAAUUCUUUGAAUUCAUGCACCUCUUUUAUCCUUCAAAUUCUCCUUUUUAUAAUUUUUCAAAAGCCAAACUUUUAGAAGCUACAUUCCUUUUUUCUCUUGCGUGACUCCAAGCAUCAAAGUGGUUGUAAAUCCUUACAUUAACCCAGUGAAGUAACGGGCCUCAGAUGAUACACAGAGAUUAAACAAAUCUUACUACUUAAGUUGCACCUGUUCUCUACAGACCUUCAAAGUGCAGAAUUUAUGCAGCUUGACUGAGCUUUCAGAAAGCAGGGGGGGGGAGAGAGGGAAGAAGAAGGCAUCACACACACACUGCAGAGCUCAGUGAGGGGAUCGCUGAGAGCUGAUUGGAGGGAAGAGACACCCCUCCCCCCUUCACACAGCACACAUAAUCAGAGCUGAGGAUGUCAAUCACAGGCACUUGAUGUCAGAAAGACUUUUCAGAAGUGACUCAUACACAUAGCAGAGGAAUGAAGCAGCAGACAGAAAUUACACUUAGUGCUCUGAACUGAGAUACACACAGACUAUAGAGGGAUCAGCACUGUCUGAAGAUCGUGAAGGGAUUUCUUCUGUUCUCCAUUUAUGAACUUCAUUUACGUUCACACAAUCAGUUUAU